CCGCUCAAAGUCAUCAGCUAUGCCCAGACUCCGGGUGGCUUCCGAACGCCAGCCCGAGGUUGGAACAGCUUUGCCCUGCAGGCCAACCCCAACGCAGGACCCAGCUUCAAGUUCGACCAGUCACAUGUCCUGACUCAAUGCAGCGUCCUGGCUUCAGACGGCUUCAAGGGCAAUUAUGACUACUGCAGUCUCGACUCUGGCUGGUCGGUGGGCGACCAUGGCGAUGACAACGGUCGGCUGAUCUAUGAUUCAAGCCUGUUCGACAUCCCCUCGCUAGCCAGCUCCCUUCAUGAUCAAGGGCUCAAGCUGGGCGUGUAUGUUGUUCCCGGGGCCUUCAUCAGUGACAGAAACAAGACAAUACUGGGAACCGACACCACCAUCGGAGAGGUCUGCACAGGUGACGAGGGCUUGAUUCGCUGCAUCUUCGAUUACACGAGGCCGGAAACCCAGCAGUGGCACAACUCGGUCGUUGACCUAUUUGCCUCUUGGGGCGUCGACUUUGUCAAGCUUGACUUUGUCACUCCAGGUUCGCCCGACAAUGGCCAGAACCUCCCUGCAGACCAGAGCGGCUCCGUCAUCGCCUGGCACAACGCCAUCAAGAACAACGGCCGCCAGAUGCGCCUCGACAUCUCCUGGAAGCUGGACCGCACCAAGAAGUACUUUGACAUCUGGAGCGCCAACGCCGACUCCAUGCGGACAGACCAGGAUCUCAACAAUUCCGGCUCAAACGUCCUCGUCGCCUGGGGCACCGUCCAGCGUGCUAUCGAAAACUACCGCCAGUGGAUCGUUGCCGGCCUGCAGUUUUACGACCAGCUCACCAUCUACCCUGAUCUCGAUAACUUAGUGUCUGGCAACCCGGAGAGCAUCUCGGGCCUUAGCAAUGGCCAGCGUACCACUGUCACAACGCUUUGGAUUGCGGCCGGAGCGAACCUCAUCAUUGGCAACGACAUGACCACACUGGAUGACUUUGGCAAGAACCUCCUCACCAACCCUCAAGCCUUGCAAGUCGCUGCCUUUACCGCCCAAUAUCCCAUCCAGCCUCGCAACCCCGGCUCGGGCGGCCAGGCGGCCACCCAGUUCCAGGCCUGGAUCGCGGGCCCUUCUCCCUCUGGCGAAGCCGUCGUCGUGCUGGUGAAUCUCGGCCCAGACAACGGGCAGGGUGGUUUCGGAACGCAAACGCGCGGCGUCCAGACCGUGUCCGCAACGUGGCAGGACCUGGGCAUUUCAGGCCAGUACAACGUGCAAGACAUCUGGAACAACAAGAGCUUGGGGGUCGUCAGCGAUCAGGUUUCUGCUCAGCUCAACGAGGGCGACAGUGUCCUGCUGCAUCUGACGCGG